AUGAGAGCUUCUCAGAUCAUCAGCUUCCAAAAUACAGCUGUGUCGAACUUAAGAAGACCAUGGCAAACUUUCAAAGAUGGUCAAAUCUGGUAUGGUCAAUUUAAGUCGGGUUCUAAGAGACAUGCUUUAACCACCAAGCAAGGUAAUAAGAAUUACUAUAAGGGUACAGGAUCCACCGGAGUGGGUAAAUUAAAUAACCAAGGUGUAUAUAUUAUGGACUGGAGCAAAGUGCGCACAUACGUCACUCCAACACAAGCAAAUCCGAACUUAAGAGCCCUUGUUUCAACUGCUACCCCAGAGGUGUAUCAGAAGUUUGUUGGCUACAACGAUGGGUUCAAAGAUCCUCAAUUUGCAUGGGACAGUAUUGUAAACUACAUUGAAAAUGGAGACGGAUACAGUCAAGUUGACCUAGAACUGACCGAAUAUCUUGAAAAAUUUGUAAAGCCUGGCUCGGAGGAGAUAGACCACCCAGACCAAGACCAUACUACUAUAGAUGCCAAUGUAGUACCCUCUUAA